ACACCAACCACAAUGCAACCAAGGCGACAGCAACCUCGAUCGUAGCUACAGCCAGCAGAGCCGCGGCGCAGCGUAGACUGCUCGGCUGAUCCGCUAUAUAAAACGGGAUCGAACCCCCACACGCAUCUCCCAGCAGGUGGCUGUCUCUGUGGCUCUCGAUCGCCUUGGUAUAUCCUCCUCCGACCGGGCUCCGGCAAUCCGCCAUGGCUGCCGCCAGCUCCGUCCACGGCUUCACCGUCAAGGACGCAAGCGGCGAAGACGUGCACCUGAGCACCUUCAAGGGCAAGGUUCUCCUCAUCGUCAACGUCGCAUCACAGUGUGGCCUGACCAACUCCAACUACACGGAGCUUGCCCAGCUACACGAGAUGUACAAGGACCAGGAUUUCGAGAUCCUUGCGUUCCCGUGCAACCAGUUCGGCGGGCAGGAGCCCGGCACGAGCGAGGAGAUCGUCCAGCUCGUCUGCGCUCGCUUCAAGGCCAAGUACCCGAUUCUUCACAAGGUCGAUGUGAACGGCGAGGACGCUGCGCCCAUCUACAAGUUUCUGAAAUCCAGCAAGACCGGCCCCAUGGGCGAAGACAUCAAGUGGAACUUCGCCAAGUUCUUGGUGGACAGACAGGGGCAUGUCGCCGAGCGGUAUGCUCCGACCACCUACCCACUCAGCAUCCAGAAGGACAUCAAGAAGCUGCUCGGCGGGAGCUAUUGAAUUGAAUAUCCGGAGACAAUAGAUAGAUGCAUGCACUGCCACUUGAAACGCCUGAAAUAAGCUUGCUAUGUUUCUACCAGAUAGUUUUGAUAAAUAACAUGGUCGUCGCCUCGUCUUUCUUGUAGUACUAGUUUGUAAACUAAUUAGCAUGCAUCAGAAUCGGUUGAAAUUAAAUAAGCUUGUAAACUGUAACCGUGCAUGGCUCCUUCCUUCUUCCGAAUUAUAUAUUGGGAUAGCAAUCUAUUUCUCCCACAAACUAAA